AUGACGUGCAAAAGAAGAAACGGAGGACGAUCUAAACAUGGUCGCGGUCACGUAAAUCCUGUUCGUUGUACCAAUUGUGCUAGAUGCGUUCCGAAAGACAAGGCCAUAAAAAAAUUUGUAAUCAGAAAUAUUGUUGAAGCAGCAGCUGUACGGGAUAUAACGGAAGCUAGUGUAUACCCAUCUUAUCAACUUCCUAAAAUCUAUGCCAAGCUUCAUUAUUGUGUUUCUUGUGCUAUUCACUCGAAAGUUGUGAGAAAUAGAUCUAAGGCAGACAGACGUCUCAGAGCACCACCUGCGAGAAAUUUCCCAAGAGAUGUUAUGAGACAGGGUCAAAACCAACCAAGAAAAUAA